GAUCUCCGUCGCGUGUGAGGGCGCCCGUGCCUCAGCCGAUUGCAGUUGAUGCCGAGUUAUCUCGGUUGAGGUAUGUGCUAGCGACUGAUAGACGCGGACAAGACCGUUCGUUUUAUCGUGUUCUCGGUGCAGCUCACAUCGAGUUCUGCUGUUGAAGAUCAGAUCAAACACCUCGCACGAUGUCCUCCCGGUUCCACUUGCCAUGAAAUGCCAACAUAGCGGAGACUUAAUGGCGUGAUUAUAACUACCGCACCCACUGCCUGUUUGAAGCACAAACCUCCCCUCAAACAACAACCUAGAUCAACGACAUCUCACCAAGCAAUCACCAACAUGCCAGAGUCCAAAGUCAUUCCGGCCUCGGCCACGCCAGUAGCAAAGCCAACCGCUACUUUUACCGGCGAUGUCUACAUGGAACUCAUCAACCGCGACGAGAGCGCCGUCAUCGCCAACGUCACCUUUACCCCAUGCGCUCGGACGCACUGGCACACGCACGUUGGCGGGCAGAUGAUUAGAGUGCUGGCUGGCAGUGGUUGGGUCUGCGACAAGGGCGGCGAGGCUAAGCGAAUCAACGCUGGAGACACAGUUUGGGCUCCCCCGGGCACGACUCACUGGCACGGCGCCGACGAUGGAAGUAUUAUGACGCACUUUGUCGUCGGCAUUGGGGAAACGAAGUGGCAUGAAGCCGUCACGGAUGAGGAUUACAAGAAGCGAUCGGAGUAGGGUUGACAAGUGUGAGUUUUGAAAAGCUUGGUCUCGAGAGCUACUUAUCUCCGGAUUUUCUGACACCUGAAGAUGCAGGGCGAUGGUC